UUUGUUAAUGUAGGGCACUGCAAAAUCAAAUCAAAAUCAAACACCUUAUAUACACAUAAAUGCCUCACAUCAAUAAGGCUAAAGUAUAACUUAUAAGGAACAUAUCUGACCAUACUCUUUAUAUAGGCGAGCUUUUAUUUAUUAAAUUUAAAUGUAUUUAUCUUUUAUUAUUAUUAUUAUUAUUAUUAUUAUUAUUUUAACAACAGAUUGUCAAGAAUACAUUCAGGUUGAUGUAAAAAGAAAACCAGCCCAUACAGUUGUCAUACUGUAAACAUUCUUUAUAAUCUUCAUCACCAUUAUUUAAAUUAUUAUUAUUUUGAGUAACUUGUUGAGUAACUGGCCCUUAGGGUAAGUUAUUUAUUUUUCAUUGGCUCAAGUUAAAAAUAUAGAUGUGAAUCAUUAUCCUUUUUUAAAAAAACAUUUUUCUAUAUGUCAAAUCAGUGGAAAUAUAGAUUGUGGUGGUUAAUCUUUAAGAAGUGUCUUGUGUGUAGUAUAGUAUAUUUGUGGUUGUAUGCCUACAUUUAUCGACUCGAGGAUAGUAGGCUACUAGAAGAGUUUUUUCACUCCAAGGGUAAGGGUGUUAUGUUGGUCCUGAAUAAGGUCUUAAAAUCAGCAUAAUCAAUUAAAGCAAAAAAGAAUUUAUACAGUGCAGCUAUCUGUAUAUGAAUCUCCGCUUAACUCCACCAGACUCCCUAAAAUACUCUGCUCGUCUUCACCACCCACACCACACACUAUGGAUUUGGGCCAAGCCAAAGCUAUAAGACAAUCCAACAUUGGAGAAACCGGAAGAAAGAGGGCCUGCGGUUCCAGGCGUCCGGCUCCAUUCACAAGCGAAACCUCCAGUGGCUUCAUUAGAAGUAACGAGUUGACACAAGGUAAAUCUAGCAUUGAAGCGCCAUUCACUUGGUUCGCAGAGAGCCCUCAUUAAAUGUCGCUAACAAGCCGUGCAAAUGCAGUGAUUGGACAGCUCCUGUAUAACUCCGCAGACCUAGCAGGAUGCCCACUUAAUGAGACCACACAAAAAAGGAGGGGGAGGGGUGGAGGAGUGGAGGUGGGGGGGGGAAUCUCUGUAUGAAAAUGGUGCUUGCAUUUCGCCUCCUGUUUCCCUCCCCCAGUCAAAAAGGGGAGGGGGUAGGGGCAGGGCUGUCAAUUAUCAUUAAGGUUGCAGGAACUCAUGACUAAUAAAUAAAAUAAUACAUACUUUAUCCAAUAAUAUCCUUUUACAAAUAAUAAUUCUCAAAUAAGUUAAUCAUAGAAAAUUCUAAAUAGACAGAAGUAAUAAAACGCAUUCAUUGUGCUACCUACAUUUAACAAGCCAAGCAGAUUCAAAAUACAGCCGAGGUUAAGACCCUGAGCAGAGCGAAUAGAAAGGGGCAUUUGCGCCCCGUUACGACGGCCCCACACCGCUGCAAGCUGCACUUGUCUCGCUUGAUUCACGGAGUGGAGAGCAACGUCCCGGCAGAGGAUGACAACUUCACAAGCGAGAAUCUGGGAAUAUCCAUGACCCUGAGUGGUCCUGAACAAUGUUUUUCUUUUUAUUAUUCUACCGCCUUCGCUUUAUAAUCCGCAUCUUGGUGUCUUUUACGAAGCCCAAAACACUCUUAAGAACUUGACCAACUCUGGUGAGUCUCUCGGAACAAUUAGCUUUUUAAAAAUAAGUGAUAUGAUUCAAACUCACACGACGCAAAGAUGCAGCACAGACCUCAUAGCCACAUUUAAAUCAAGUCUAUUUUUGGAUUGUGUACUGUUGCAGUAUAGCACCAGAAAACAGCUUAUAUCCGCCUGUAUAAUUUAUAACUGGAUGAAACGGGAAAAUAGCGCAGAACGCAGACGAAAGAGACGUGACAUAAAAGGGAAAAAGAGUGAGCAAUGAAUCAAAAUCGACUGCAAGUUUUACAACCUAUUAGUUAAAUUAGUUAAAGAAAUAAGAAUGACAGAAAAGACUCAAACCACACUGCUUCCGAGAAGAGGUCUCUUGUUUCUCUUGUUCCGUCACUUGGAGAUCGAUUUCCUGUUCGGCAGUUUGUAAUGGCCUAAGUGGAUGUUAAAUAUAAAUUAAUAUAUAAAAACUGAAUUCAUGUUUAAAAUGAAAUAAAACCUUUAAACGCAGAAGACAUUGUCCCGUGCCCUUUCCUACUCAAACGCUUGCAAGUCCCUGACUCACCACACAAUGCACAAAAUUACUCAUGCACGUUAACCGCAUAGUUGCCAACAUUGGUGAGAGUAUGGGAGGACACAUUUUCUUGUGUAAGAAGUGAGAGUACGUGAAUAGAGAGCAAAGGGAUGGUUUGCUUACCUUCUCUUAUACGACCGAGCUCUUCUCUAAGAUCUCUGGCAUGCUGACGACACUUAUCUUUAUUUAGACUACAGGCCUAUUGCUUUCAGAGUGAAAGCCGAAAUUAGGCUACGUGUUAACCUUCAAACCCCUGAUGUCACUUCACUCCAAAAAUACUGAAACUAUACAUUAAAAAACGGCUUAAAUAAUAUUAUGUUCUGAUAUAAUCCACUGUCUAUUGCAUUCUUAUUUUUUAGUCCUCGUCAGUAAAUAAAGACGGAGCUAAACGUUCAUCGGUAUUGAGGACCUUGCCUCCUGCUGAUUUUGACACAGAACAGAACAAUGAAAGCUAGAGAAUAAACAGACGAUUUAACCAGGUGAAUGAACUUACAUGGGGAUGCUAAUGACUUGCUUAACGAAAACAAAGGCUAUGUAAAACAAGUGAAUUUGCACAACUUGCCCCGUUUUAUUUAUUUAUUUUCUCAGUUUUAAGCCAUUUCUGCUAUGCGAGUACUUUUGCAAAUCAUCUUUGAACCGUGACAUGCAAACACUGAUGUCUAAAAAAAAAUUAUUAUUUUAAGCAUGUUAGAUAGCAAGGCCUUCAUGCCAGAAUAAAGAGCUUUUCUAAAUGUAAAAUAACUUGACCAAAUGAUUUUAAAUACGGUUAACAAUUAAAAAACAGGUUGUUAUUUCCAGUCCAAAGAUCCUUGCAAAGGACAGUUCAAGUGCCUCUUGGAAUUACUUGACUUAAGUUUCCUGUGACAGAAGAACAAACAGAUUUGAUCCUGGUGACACAACAUGACCCAAUACAUCUAAGAUCUUCUCUCCGCCCCUUAUUUUGAUAAGCACACACGAGCUUGCACUACAUUUAGCUACGUAAAUCUUCAAGGGUGGCUAAUAAUAAAGUAACCGGAGUAGGAAUUAAAAAAUAGAAAAUAAAUUGCAUUAGCCCAUUUGCAUUCAUACUAAUUUUGAAAAGAUGGAAUUGGAUAUCUGAAAGAGACAUACGAUUUCUGAAUCCCUGAACAUUUCUGGAAAAAUGCAUUUAAUUAUUUCAGCAUUAGUUUAGAGAAAGUCUGGAUGCUGCGUCUCAUUAUGCCUUCUGGACUCGUACAUUUUUGACACCAACUAAGCACCGUCUAAUUAUAGGCUAAUGCAGCAGAAACUAUGCAGACCAAGAAACCCAAACUAACACGCCAUUGGAAGCCGAAUCUCGUGACAUAAAGAUUAUGUCCUUCAUUCUCGUGAAACAGGUUUUCUAGUUUUAACGAUAUGCAGUCUUGCACAAUAUUGGUAUAUAACUGUAUAAAAAUAUAUAAAUAAAAAUAAAGUUUGUUUAAAUAAGUCAUUAGAUGCAUCAGUGAUCACGUGCUUUCCUCAAUAUGCAUGGGCAAUGGGUGUUUGGUCUCGCAGUAUAAAGCAUCAGCGGAGAUAGAGAUGCGCGUCCACGGUUGCCUCAGUGUGAGAGUAGCAGUCAAUGCGUAUCGAAAUGCGAACUAAGUUAAAAAAACGAUCCAGGAGUUUUCAGCGUUUGGUAUACAUAGAGACAAAAUUAUGUUUCAAAAUAUAAAAUUCAAUAGGCUACUUGCUGUUACGGCUACUGUAUUGAUAGGUUAAGAGAGACGGCGCAACAUCGUAUCUUCUCCAGCUUCAUUCGAGGCGCUAACGAAUGAAACAGCCUGUCUGUGUAUCCUGUCGCAGAUUCCGUUUUAGCGCUUCAUUUAAAUUCCCGUGUCCGUGACUGUCAUCCGGAGACCCCGCCCCUGCCUUCUCUCCCUACAUAUCUUCUUAACUUUAACGAGCCUCGUUAAGAUCACAAUAAUAUUCCACCCACUAAUUGCUCAUUCCAUUCAACAAAUAGGCGAGCCUCUUCUUCGCCUUCACGCGAGUCAAGGGAGGGAGGGUGCUGUUGAGAUUGGAGUUCCUGAUAACCCCCCGUGCGAGCAGCACAAGUGGUGAAAGCCUCUACGUACUGGCUAAUGAUUGGCACGCUUGACAGUGAUUGGCAGGGCUGCCAUGACAACCCUACAACGACACCAAGAAGACCAAUAGAAAAGCGAAACAAAAUAUUUCAAUGCUACACUCACGGUGGAUUUAGGGGGAGAUAUUAUGAGGCUGGUGUCAUUAGGCGAUAGCUAUUGAAUCAUUCAAUCCGAAUUCGUCGUUCUUUUUUUCCUUCGCAAAGUUCACUCUCUCUCAGGUCAUUUCCAUGGUUUUCAGAUCGCCUUUAGAGCUUUAUCCCUCUCAUUUCUUCCUGCCAAACUUUGCUGAUCGCCCUUUGCUCCUGGCGAGCAGUGCGCCCAGCACCAGGUCUCCCGAAGACUUGUCAAUGUUUCAGCUACCGACCCUAAACUUCUCUCCGGAGCAAGUGGCGAGCGUCUGCGAGACGCUGGAGGAGACCGGGGACAUCGAGCGGCUGGGUCGCUUCCUAUGGUCGCUUCCAGUGGCACCGGGUGCUUGCGAGGCGAUCAACAAGCAUGAAUCCAUCCUACGUGCCCGGGCUGUGGUUGCCUUUCACACGGGCAAUUUUCGUGAUCUCUACCACAUUCUGGAGAACCACAAGUUUACCAAGGACUCGCAUGGUAAACUACAAGCGAUGUGGCUUGAAGCUCACUAUCAGGAGGCCGAGAAAUUACGCGGGCGUCCCUUAGGACCGGUUGAUAAGUACAGGGUGCGAAAGAAGUUUCCCCUGCCUAGAACCAUUUGGGACGGUGAGCAGAAGACGCAUUGUUUCAAAGAGCGGACGCGGAGUCUGUUACGGGAGUGGUACCUUCAGGACCCCUACCCAAACCCCAGCAAGAAAAGGGAACUGGCUCAAGCCACGGGACUCACUCCUACACAGGUCGGAAAUUGGUUUAAAAACCGGAGACAACGAGACAGGGCAGCGGCAGCAAAAAACAGGCUCCAGCAUCAAGCAAUAGGGCAGAAUGGCAUGCGGUCCCUUUCAGAAUCCGGCUGCACCCCACGCAGUUCGGCGGAGUCGCCUUCAACAGCGGCUAGUCCCACGACCAGUGUCUCGAGCAUGACAGAGCGAGUCGACACGGGCACGUCAAUUCUUUCAGUAACAUCAAGUGACUCGGAAUGCGACGUAUGAUACGCACAAGAGAAAUAUAUAGCCUACAGGAAAAAGGACCUAAAUAAACUUUAUUAAUUAUCGGGGAUGAUGAACAAGGACCAAUUGAUAUUACUGUUAUAAAAGAAAAGCAUAAAAGCACGCUUUUUUUUCAAGCGCUUUCAAUGGACCCCACACCUUCUCCCACCCCAUCACUUGCAUGAUUUAUAUAUAUAGCUAUAUAUAUAUAUAUCUAAAUAUAUAUUUUUUUCUUUUUGUAUAUGGGGAAAUGCCCCACGUUUAUUAUGUCUACCAGGACCACCGUGAAGAGGGAAUUACCAGAAACCGGUGUCCAUUGCCUUUUUUUCUGUUUUAGUCCGAGUGACGACGAGCAGCCAGGAUGCAAUCCUCUAUUUCUUUAUGUCCAUCAGACAAUCAUUUGAGUCGUAAGCACCUUUUACUACACUUCUGUCACUGCCUGUGUGGGGUACUGGUCAAAUGUGGAA